CAUAGAGGAGGUGAAGGUGUGGCAGCGUGCUCCUGAGUGGGAAGGCUCACUGUGUCAUUCCAGUGUCACGGGAGAAACUUGGCGGAACAUUUCCUGGCGUCUUCAUCUUACGCUCCGUGUUCAUGUGUGUUUUUCUGACACAGGAGGUGCGGGGACGUGACCGACCUAGCGAAAAUAGCCCGGGGACAAGAUUGAAACUGUCGGAGUGUCACAGGUUGGUAAUCUGUACCACCGCAUCCCAAGACGUAUGUUCGACCACAGCAUGGCUCUCUAGAACCGCAGAAACCUGCAGAUUUCCCAGGAGAGACACCGACUGCUGAACGGUAAACAUGAAUUAACCUCUGGAGUAAAGCGCAAUUCACUUUCUGCCAUCCUCUUGCACAACGCCGUACAGGCAUCAUGCGUAGAUUUAGUUCCGAGGGAUGCCUUCUGGACAUCGACUUCUUCCCGUGGAAGAAGGUAGCGUUGAAAAAGACCGGCGUAGACCAGCACCGACACUCUGGCACUUACACAAUUAACUCAGAGAACGAGGACGUGCCCACAGGGUCGGCCGGUCUGAUUCCUUAUAUCCAGAAGCCCUCAGAGGGUGCUGGACAUAAAAAGGAACUGACCAAGGAGCACAGCGUCAGUUUGGAGGACAUCUGUGACGCCGGGGUGCGAAACAAUAAUCUUCUCAGAGUGUGUGAACUCAACGAAGGCUGCAGGGCGUACAGUGACGGCCAGCUGGCUCCUCCCAUCCAGAACAGACAUGAGAGCUUGGAGAAGAACGACACGCCUUCCCCGUCUACGUCGUCCUCCUUUAACCUCUUCACCUCGUCCCUGAAUCACGAGCAUCCGCAUAAGCACAAACUGUCAGCUGCUAAAUUACACCUGAAAAGUCUGUUUGGGCAGAGCCUUCAUUCCUCCCACAGCAACCUAUACACCGCACAAAAAGACAGUGCCAAAGAGCGACGGUCCCGCCUGCACUUCAUGCAUCAGUGGAGCCAGGUGGGCCACAGUAAGAGGAGCAAGUUCAGCCGAAAAGAGCUGGAGAAUUGGGCCGAGUCUCUGAACACACUGUUGGCCAGUCAAACUGGUGUUUCGGUGUUUGGAGCAUUUCUGCGGUCUGAGUUCAGUGAGGAGAAUCUUCAGUUUUAUCUGGCCUGUGAGCAGUACAAACACUCAUCCAACAACUUCAGCCUGCAGCGAAGGGCCAAAGACAUCUGUGCCACCUACAUUCAAGCAGGCGCCCCAAGAGAGGUUAACCUGGACAGUAAGACCCGAGACCUGACCAUUCAGCUGCUGCAGGCUCCGUCUCACACCUCUCUGUCGCACGCGCAGAAACGCAUCUACUCCCUCCUGGACACGGACUGCUACCCUCGCUUCCUCCAGUCCAACGUUUACCUUUCUCUCCUGCAAAACGCCGACUAGG